AUGUGGGCCGUGGACGCGCGGUCCGGGAGCAACGGUCCCAGCGCCGUCGCGACGCUGACGCCCAUCGCGCUCCACUCCCUGCGCGCCCUCACCAAGUCGGCGCACAUCUACGAGCAGCUGCGGCACGACGACUGGGUCGAGCGGCGCGCGGGCGCCGCGGCCGUCGGCGACAUGGACGUGGGCUGGGAGGCCGCCGCGCUGCUGCCCGUCGUCGCGCGCCUCGCGCGGGCCGACGUCGACGCGCGCGUGCGCCGCAAGUGCGUCAUGGUCCUCGCGGCCUGGGGCGAGCUCGCCGGCGAGCACGUCGACGCCGUCUGCGGCGUGCUGCGCGGCGACGAGGACUUUGACGCCGACGGCGACGCGCAGAUCCGCUGGGAGGCGGCCAUCGCUCUACCGAAAGUUGUGGGCGCGCAUGCGCUCCACGAGGCGCUAAACGGAGACGAGGAAAACACGUCGACGCCGUCGGCGCUCGCGGCCGCCGCCGCGCUCCUCGCGGCGCGCAGAGACGACGCGGACCGCGACGUCCGGUCCAAGGCCGCCGAGGUCAUCGACCGGACGAAGGACGACUACGUGAGGCUGACCGCGAAGCGCGACCGGACCGUGACGCGCCGGAGGUCGGACGCCGAGUACUGCGACUCCGGGGACCACCCCCUGCUGGCCAUCAUGGAGGAGUGGGCCAAGCGGGCGUACCGGCGCAUGGUGCCGUCGAAGCGGGCCCUGAGCCUCCGCGUCGCCGGCUACGUCGCCGCGGCCGCGGGCGCGGGCGCGGACGUCGUCCGGCGCGUCCUGGACCGCGAGCCCGGCGUCGCGCGCGAGGCCGACGUGCUGUCGAAAGAGCGGCGGACCAUGCUCCACGCGGCGGCCGCCGCGGGCAACGGCGCGGCGCUCGCGCCCCUGCUCCGGGCCGGCGCGGACCCCGGCGCGGCCGACGGCCACGGCGCGACGGCCCUGCACCUCGCGAGCCGCUGGGGGCGCGCGGCGUGCGUCGCGGCCCUCGCGCCGGCCCGCGCGGCCCCGGGCGCGGCGACGCGGGCCGUCCACGCGCGCGACGGUUUUGGGGUGCUGCCGCUCCACGAGGCCGCGCGCUACGGCCACGCGGCCGCCGUCGCCGCGUUGCUCGCCGCCGGCGCGGACCCGCUGCUCCGCGACGGCCGCGCGGCGCGGACGCCGCGCGACCGAGCUUCGCCUGCGCCCGCUCUCCGCGCGCGCGCUCCUCCGAUGCUGCUGCGCGUCGCGUCGCGGCGCUGCGCGGCGGCGGCGGCGCGGCGGCGCCCGCUGUCCGUCGCCGCCGCCGGCGACGACGGCGCGCUCAUGGACGCGCUCCGGCGCUGCGACGACAUCUACCGGCGCGACGUCGCGCCGGUCAACGAGGCGCUCCACGGCCCCCUGGAGCACGCCUACCAGCCCACGGUGCUCCCCUUCGUGCUGCUCCUGGGCAACCACUCGAGCGGCAAGUCGAGCUUCGCGAACUUUGCACUCGGGCGCGACGUGCAGACGGCCGGCGUCGCUCCCACCGACGACAGCUUCACGGUCAUCGCGCCCGGCGCGAGCGACGCGGACCAGGACGGCCCGGCGCUCGUCGGCGACCCGGACCUCGGCUUCGAGGGCCUGCGCAAGUUCGGCCCGGGCCUCAUCCAGCGGACGCAGCUCAAGAUCCGGAGCGGCAUAUCGCCGAAGAACUUCAUGCUCCUCGACCGGGGCUACCACUUCGAGAACGCCGUCAAGUGGUUCGCGGACCGCGCGGACGUCGUGCUCCUCUUCUUCGACCCCGACAAGCCCGGCACGACGGGCGAGACGCUGGCCAUCCUCACGAACGCGCUCGCGGGCCAGGACCACAAGCUCCACAUCAUCCUCAACAAGGCCGACAAGUUCGAGCGCAUCCACGACUUCGCGCGCGCGUACGGCGCGCUCUGCUGGAACCUGAGCAAGGUCAUCCCCCGCAAGGACCUGCCGCGGAUCUACACCAUGUGCAUCCCCCAGGGCGACGCCGGCGCCGGCGGCGGCGCCCUGGCCGCGGGCCUCGCGGACCUGCGGAAGACGCGCGACGACGUGCUCGCGGAGGUGCGGCGCGCGCCGAGCCGCCGCGUCGACAACGCGAUCACGCGGCUCCAGGACGCCGCGGCGCUCCUGCUCAUGCACGCGGAGGUCACGGACGCCGCGCGCAGGGGGGCGCUGCUCUGCCGCGCGCGCCACUACGGCGGCACGGCCCUCGCGGCGGCCGCGGCCGCCGCGGCGACGGCCGCGCUCGCGGUCGCCGCGCCCGCGCUCGGCCCGGGCCCGCCCCUCGCCGCGGGCUGCGUCGGCGCCGCGGCGACGGCGGGGCUCCACUACGUCAACGGCAACGAGGCCGCGCGCCGGCUCGCGGAGCUCGACGGGCCCGCCGGCCUCGACGCGCUCUACCGCAAGGCCUACGGCGCGGAGCUCGUCCGCGGCGACGAGGAGGCCAACGCGCUCUGGGCCCGCGUCCGCGACCACCUCCUCCGCAAGCUCGACGCCGUCGGCGGCGCGAGCCGCGUGCCCGCGGCGCCGAGCGGCGCGACCGCGGGGCUCCGCCGCGUCCUCGACCACGACGUGCCCGCGCUCCGCCGCGCGGCCGCGCCGGCGUCCUACGGCGGCUUCCCCCGCGACGCGCCCGAGCCCUAA